AUGGCAACGCCGAUUCCCAGUAUUACAGCUUCUGGUCCGUUGGUGGGCUGUCUGUGGAUGCUCAUCCUGGGCUUCAUUAUUGCAUUUGUCUUGGCAUUCUCCGUGGGAGCCAAUGAUGUAGCAAAUUCUUUUGGUACAGCUGUGGGCUCAGGUGUAGUGACCCUGAAGCAAGCCUGCAUCCUAGCUAGCAUCUUUGAAACAGUGGGCUCGGUCUUACUGGGGGCCAAAGUGAGCGAAACCAUCCGGAAGGGCUUGAUUGACGUGGAGAUGUACAACUCAACCAGAGAGUGGCUGAUGGCCGGCUCAGUCAGUGCUAUGUUCGGUUCUGCUGUGUGGCAACUCGUGGCUUCGUUUUUGAAGCUCCCCAUUUCUGGAACCCAUUGUAUUGUUGGUGCAACCAUUGGUUUCUCCCUCGUGGCACAGGGGCAGGAGGGUGUCAAGUGGUCUGAACUGAUAAAAAUUGUGAUGUCUUGGUUCGUGUCCCCACUGCUUUCUGGAAUUAUGUCUGGAAUUUUAUUCUUUCUAGUUCGUGCGUUCAUCCUCCAUAAGGCAGAUCCAGUUCCUAAUGGUUUGCGAGCUUUGCCAGUUUUCUAUGCCUGCACAGUUGGAAUAAACCUCUUUUCCAUCAUGUAUACCGGAGCACCGUUGCUGGGCUUUGACAAACUUCCUCUGUGGGGUACCAUCCUCAUCUCGGUGGGAUGUGCAGUUUUCUGUGCCCUUAUCGUCUGGUUCUUUGUAUGUCCCAGGAUGAAGAGAAAAAUUGAACGAGAAAUAAAGUCUAGUCCAUCUGAAAGCCCCUUAAUGGAAAAGAAGAAUAGCUUGAAAGAAGACCAUGAAGAAACAAAGUUGUCUGUCAGUGAUAUUGAAAACGGGAAUCCUGUUUCUGAGGUAGGGUCUGCCACUGUGCCUCUUCAGGCUGUGGUGGAGGAGAGAACAGUCUCAUUCAAACUUGGAGAUUUGGAAGAAGCUCCAGAGCAAGAAAGGCUUCCCAGCGUGGACUUGAAAGAGGAAACCAGCAUAGAUAGCACUGUGAAUGGUGCAGUGCAGUUGCCUAAUGGGAACCUUGUCCAGUUCAGUCAAGCCGUCAGCAACCAAAUAAACUCCAGUGGCCACUACCAGUAUCACACUGUGCAUAAAGAUUCCGGCUUGUACAAAGAGCUGCUCCAUAAAUUACAUCUUGCCAAGGUGGGAGACUGCAUGGGAGACUCUGGUGACAAACCCUUAAGGCGCAAUAAUAGCUAUACUUCCUAUACUAUGGCAAUAUGUGGCAUGGCUUUGGAUUCAUUCCGUGCCAAAGAAGGUGAACAGAAGGGCGAAGAAAUGGAGAAGCUGACAUGGCCUAAUGCUGACUCCAAGAAGCGAAUUCGAAUGGACAGUUAUACCAGUUACUGCAAUGCUGUGUCAGACCUUCACUCUGCAUCUGAGAUAGACAUGAGUGUCAAGGCAGAGAUGGGUCUAGGUGACAGAAAAGGAAGCAAUGGCUCUCUAGAAGAAUGGUAUGAUCAGGAUAAGCCUGAAGUCUCUCUCCUCUUCCAAUUCUUGCAGAUCCUUACAGCCUGCUUUGGCUCAUUUGCCCAUGGUGGCAAUGAUGUAAGCAAUGCCAUUGGGCCUCUGGUUGCUUUAUAUUUGGUUUAUGACACGGGAGAUGUUUCUUCAAAAGUGGCAACACCAAUAUGGCUUCUACUCUAUGGUGGUGUUGGUAUCUGUAUUGGUCUGUGGGUUUGGGGAAGGAGAGUAAUCCAGACCAUGGGGAAGGAUCUGACACCGAUCACACCCUCUAGUGGCUUCAGUAUUGAACUGGCAUCUGCCCUCACUGUGGUGAUUGCAUCAAAUAUUGGCCUUCCCAUCAGUACAACACAUUGUAAAGUGGGCUCUGUUGUAUCUGUUGGCUGGCUCCGGUCCAAGAAGGCUGUUGACUGGCGUCUCUUUCGUAACAUUUUUAUGGCCUGGUUUGUCACAGUCCCCAUUUCUGGAGUUAUCAGUGCUGCCAUCAUGGCAGUCUUCAGAUAUGCCAUCCUCUAAUGUGAAGCUGUUUGAGAUUAAAAUUUGUGUCAAUGUUUGGGACCACCUUAGGUAUUCCUGCUCCCCUGAAGAAUGAUUACAGUGUUAACUGAAGACUGACAAGAGUCUUUCUAUUUGGGAGCCAGAGGAGGGAAGUGUUACUUGUGCUAUAAUUGCUUUUGUGCUAAAUAUGACUUGUCUCAAAAUUAGCUAUGUAAAAUAGCCAGGGUUCCACUGGCUCCUGCUGAGGUCCCCUUUCCUUCUGGGCUGUGAAUUCCUGUACAUAUUUCUCUACUUUUUGUAUCAGGCUUCAAUUCCAUUUUGUUUUAAUGUUGCCUCUGAAGAUGACUUGUGUGUUUUUUUUUUUUUUUUUUUUUUAUUUAAAACAACCAUGCAGAGCCAUUUGACAGAGUAUGCUCUGCUUUGUUGGUUUCACCAGCUUCUGCCCUAACAUGCACAGGGAUUUAACAACAAAAAAAAUAUAACUAAAGCUUCCCUUGUAGUCUCUUAUAUAAGUAGAGUCAGUGGUACUCUGCCCUCCUGUCAGUAGUGGCAGGAUCUAUUUGCAUAUGUGGGAGCUUCUUAGAGGGAUGAGAUUCUUUGAACACAGUGAAAAUUUAAAUUAGUAGUAACUUCUUUGCAAGCAGUUUGUUGACUAUUAUUACUAAGAAGAAGUAAGGAAAAAAGCCUUUUGGCAAUCUUCAUUAUUUCUUUUAAGAUUUCUGGCAGCGUGGGAUGGAUGAAUGAAGUGGAAUGUGAACUUUGGGCAACUUAAAUGGGACAGCCUUCCAUGUUCAUCUGUCUACCUCUUAACUGAAUAAAAAAAGCCUACAGUUUUUAGAAAA